AUGGGAGCCGCAGCAUCGGGAAUGCAGGCGCAGAUGCAGCAGGAGCAUGAUCCGGAUUCAGCUUUUCCAUGGUGGGUACGCUUCCUGGCCAAAGCACUGGGCGUACUCGGUGGUUUCAUAGCUAUUUUCUUCGCUGUACUGGGCUUAAUAUCGCUUACGGCCAGCUGUCUUGUUGCUGCACUACUACAAUUGUUAGUUUAA